AUGGCCGAGCCGAAAAGCCGGCGCAGAAGACCGCCCGUAUCAUGCACUCUCUGCAGAAAAAGAAAGAUUAAAUGCAACCGGGAAUACCCAUGCAGCAACUGCUUGCGGUCUAAAAAGAAUCGUUGCGUGUAUGAGAGUCUCUCGCCCCCUCCACGACAACGCCUUCGCCAUGGCCAAACAACUGCGCCUGAUCGGGCCCGAGAGCCCGAAGAACGUCAGACACUGUCGCUUGAUCAAGGCUCGACCGUGAGCAGCGACACAACAGCCCAAACUCUUCAGUCAGGCCAAUUGGUGGCCAGUUCCACCGCGCCGUCGACUCCAGGCAGCCAGUCAUCUGCUAGGGAGGUUGAGUCGUUGAGGUUCAGAAUUAAGCAACUUGAGGAGCAGCUGUCUAAAGCAACGCGGAGACCAGUUACUUCUACUGAUGCCAGUUCUGAUACCAAUAUCACGACAAUAAAGUCAUAUCUCGCCGGGACGUUCCACGUCCACCACCAAAGGCCCGCCGCUGGCCAAGAUGCGACAAUCCCCCGCACCAUCAUGCACAAGACUCGCCUUUUUGGACAGAGCCAUUGGAUGAAUGGGACCGCUCAGUUCUGGGACGUCCUUGAGACGAUUGAGCCUUGUGUCCAAAACGAAAAUUCAAAAUGUUUUCUUAAUGUGCACAAAUGUAAAUACCUGGCCAGAGUGAUCAAGUCGCGUCAAAAUCCCACGUGGCCCACACCACCAACUACCGACUUGCCUGCAAAAGAUGUGGCUGACUCACUCGUCGAUAUCUAUCUCCGAACGAUCGAAGGCAUUCAUCGCAUCUUGCACAUUCCGACAUUUAGGCAAGACUAUGAAGCAGUCUGGGUUUCGGAAACGACGCCUGAUAUGGCGUUCAUAAUUCAGCUGAAGUUGGUUCUCUCCAUCGGAGCCGUCAUGUAUGAUGAUCGGUUCUCUCUGCGCACUUCGGCGAUCCGAUGGAUCUAUGAGGCACAGACAUGGAUUUCCCAGCCGGAGUUCAAGUCUAGGCUUAACGUUCAAUUUCUUCAGACCAGCAUCUUGCUUUUGUUUGCCCGAGAAUUCGUUGGCGUGGAGGGAGGGUUGUCCUGGGUCUCGGCCGGGAAUGUCAUGCGGACUGCAGUAUACAUGGGACUGCAUCGAGACCCUCUGUAUUUCCCGAAAUCAACAACAUUCGUUGCAGAAAUGCGUCGACGAGUAUGGAACACUGUCUUAGAAAUUAACCUGCAAACGAGUAUGAACUCUGGCGGACCACCACUCUUCUCCCUCGAUGAUUUUGAUACCCAGCCACCGGGUAAUUUUGACGACGAGCAGAUCAUGGCUGAGGACCCCACACCGCAGCCAGACGGGUCCUUUACCCAGAUGUCAAUUGCCUUAGCACUUCGAAAGAUGUUCCCAGUUCGGCUUGCUAUUGCGAAGGCUUUGAAUGGCAUUGGAGUUUCAAGUGCUUACAAUGAAACACUUCGACUGGAUUCUGAGCUAAGAAGAUUAUACAAGGCCAUUUGUCGGAUGAUUCAACAAUACAGUUCUGGGGGCGGCAACUCACCAUCUCAAUUUCAAAUACGCACCCUGGAUUACCUCGUACGUCGCUACUUUUUGGCUCUUCACGAGCCCUUCUUUGCUCCAGCGACACACGAAACAGCCUACGCGUUUUCCAGGAAGGUUGUAGUAGACACGUCACUCAAAAUGUGGUGUGCCGUCUAUCCAUCAUCGCCUAUCAUGGCUGCUGCGUCCCAAACUGAAUUUUUGCCAGCACAUUCGGAUUAUCUGACACGCCUUGCAUUUUGCGGAUCGGGCCUGUUCCGCACAAUCUCCGCCCAAGCCUGCCUUCUUAUUGCCGCAGAGCUCAGGGCUCAGCUACAAGAGGAAGACAGUUUAGGUCCCGUACCAUUGCGGCGCGACCUACUUUCGGUCCUGGAUGAUGGAAGGAAGUGGGCUUUGCGAUCCAUCGAGGUUGGCCAGGUCAAUGUCAAAGGCUAUCUUUUCUUAUCUGUCAUCUGCGAACAGGUCGGAGGCCUUAUGCGAGGCCUCCCUGAAAGCCAGUUCCCAGAACUCCUAACGAAAGCCGCCGAAGACGUGCUGGAAAGAUGUGUAUCGAUCUUGGAAGACAGGGUUAGCCAGGGUAAGGGCGAGGAAGAUAUUGGAAUACACCUGGACGGAAUAGAUGAUAUCCCCGCUGAUACAUUACCGGAUUUGAUUGGGGACUGGAGUUUCAUGAUGCCCGUCAACAAUUUUGAUUUCGGGAUCACAGAGCCAAUCAAUUGGGUUGAGAGUGGGUUUACUUGA